AUGACCAGUGUAUUAAAAGAUAAUGGAGGCGGUGGACAGCCAUUACUAUUAUUACCCACAGGCGAGCAACAGAUUGUUGUUGCUUGUCGUAUUCGACCAAUGACAGAAGAAGAAAUUCUGCAAGGUGGUACCAUCAUUGCACAUAAAGUAGCCGAUGAUAAUAUGGUUGUUCUGCUUGAUCCUGAAGAAGAUCAUGAUGAUGUUUUACGUGCUAAUAGAUCUCGUGAACGAAAAUACGUUUUUGAUGUUGUAUCCGAUGCUCGUGCUGAUCAACAAGAAGUUUAUUCAUCAACAGCUAAAAUGCUUUUGGGUAGUGUUCUAGAAGGUUACAAUGCAACCGUAUUUGCUUAUGGAGCUACUGGGGCUGGAAAAACUUAUACUAUGUUGGGUACAGAAAAUAAUCCAGGUGUUAUGUAUCGUACAUUACAUGAUUUAUUUGUUGAAAUAAAAAAAUUUACUGGUAAACGUGAAUAUCAAGUCUCAAUGUCUUAUUUAGAAAUCUAUAAUGAAUUAAUACGUGAUUUACUUGCGACAUCUUCGUCUUCUUCUUCGUCAUUUCUUGAAUUACGUGAAGAUGCAAAAGGUACAAUACAAGUUGCAGGUCUCAGUGAAGUUGUUGCUAAAACUCCUGAAGAAGUUAUGGAAAUGUUACAUAAAGGAAAUCGUGCUCGUACACAAGAACCAACUAAAGCGAAUAAAACAUCAUCACGAUCACAUGCAGUUUUACAAGUUAAUAUUAAACAACGUGAUGUAACUAGAUCACAUACAGAACAAGUUCGAUUCGCGAAACUUUAUAUGAUUGAUUUAGCUGGAUCAGAACGAGCAGCACAAACACAAAAUACAGGGCGUCGAAUGAUGGAAGGUGCUCACAUCAAUCGAUCAUUGCUCGCUUUGGGAAAUUGUAUAAAUGCUCUAAGUGAAAAGGGCACUACAAAAUAUGUUAAUUAUCGUGAUAGCAAAUUAACACGAAUAUUAAAAGAUUCUCUUGGAGGCAAUUCUCGUACAGUUAUGAUUGCACAUAUUUCACCAGCAUCUGUACAUUUUGAAGAAUCUCGAAAUACACUUAAUUAUGCUGAUCGAGCAAAAUAUAUUAAAACAAAAAUUCGCCGAAAUGUGAUCGACGUAUCCUAUCAUAUAGCACAAUAUCAACAGAUAAUACAAGACUUACGUAAUCAAGUUCAAUUGUUACGUGAUCAACGAGAUGAACUUGAAAUACGUCUAGCAGCAACAAAUGAAGCUCGAUUCAGUAGACUCAGUGAUAAUAACACAACGGAACGUCUUCGUAUUGAAGAAGGCUUAAAGUUGAAAGAAAAUAUUCUACAAGUGUAUCGUAAACAAAUUGAUGCUCGCCGAGCAUUAUUGGAAAUAGAUACUGGACUCAUGGAUGUUGUUCAUGAAUGUACACGAAAUGAAUCAGUUAUUGAACAUCAUGAAUCAAAUAAAGAAAAUAGUCCACGUAAUAGUAAAAAAUCAUCUGAAGAAAUGGCUGCUGAUGCUGCUACAUCGGAUACUGCUGUACAACGAGCACGAGCUGAAUUGCGUGUACUUGAACAAGAACGUUCAAAAUUAGACAAACAACGUAAAGCACAAUUAAAAGAUUUCGAAGCGUCAAAAGGUGAUGCACGUCGACUACUGGAAAAAGUAAGAAAAAAAAUGAGUACUACCGAACAACGUGAAUUAUUGAGAUUAUUAACACAAAAUUUCGAAUAUGAAAUGAAAACUAUUGAAUUACAAGCUGAUAUAUUUUCUCGAGAUUAUUCGAUUAAGCACAAAGAUUUACAAUUGUUACGUAUGUCACAACAUCGUAGUUUAUGUGAUACAAUAAUUUAUCAACAACGUAAAAUUAUUCAAGACAGUAAAGUGUUGAUUCCAUAUGAUCUUGGAGAACUUUAUCGGUUAUAUUCCCGAGACGUUGAUGAAGGUCUACUGAUGCAUGAUCUUAAAGUUCAUUCACCACAUUCAAUAAACGGUAGUAAUAAUUCUAAUAAAUUGACUGUACCAACAACAUUACCAUUUCUAUCACAAAUUGCCGAAGAAGAUUUAACAAGCGCUUCAACAUCAGUAACCAGUUUUCAUUUACCAACUAAUGUUUCUUCUCGGCGUCCUAAUCCAACAACAUUGUUUCCACAUCGUACAUUAUCCGAUCAGGACUUGUUUACACAUGUUAAUGAUUUUACAAAUAAUCAAAAUGAAGUAGGACAAUACUUGUCGUCUAUUACAACGAAUAAGCCAAUAUCAUAUGCGCAUUUUAAUUUCGAUCAAUCACCAAAACAAUUAACGAAAGGAAAUUCAAUGGUUAGUAUGAGUUCUGAAAGUGUUGAUGUACCAUUAUAUAAUGGUGAUGCAACGAAUAAUAAUGCAACACGUCGUAAAGUUCAUACAACUUCACCGCCCAAUGAUUCAGCUGCUGAAGCAUCUCCAUCAUUAUUUAAAAAUAGUAAUGUUAGAAAUAAAGUUAGACUAAGAAAACAAACACAAAAUAUUGCUGCACGUGCUGCACAACGAAGAGCAAAUCUUCAUCAUAAAGAGUUAAUGGAAGAUAUGGACCCAGCUUUUCCUGCUGAACCUGUUGUAUCCAAAGAAAGCAAUGCUAGCGCAUUUGGUCUUGAAAUUACCGGUGUUAAACCGAAAAAAACAGUGACAAUUUAUGAUCCAACAGUGUCUUCAUAUCGAGAUGAAUUACGUCGCACGAAUUCGGAUUCACCUGAUCUUAUUAAAAAUCAAACGACAACGAAUGAGUCGUCCAAUUCAACAUCGUAUAAUCGUACGGCAAAGAAUAUGAAUAAAAAACGAUCGAUUUCUCAUGGUUCAACAACAAAUAAUCGUUCAAAUAUGCCAAUGGCUAAUACUGUCGUACCACGAUAA